UCUGAGACAUGUGCCAGUGUUCACCCUGGGCGUGCACUGGAAGGGGCCAGUCCUGCUUUUCCUGGUGACAUGGUGUUCCUGGUGCACAUGUGGGUCAUUCCCGUUGAGCUCAGCCUUGCCCUUUACCCAGGAUCACGUGCACAGUGGCUCUUGCAGAGCUUGCAGGAAUUGGGGUUGGAAAUCAGGAAGCUGUGACGCUGGGUCUCGUGCCCACAGAAAGGCGAGUCCUGCUGUGAGGCUGCAGCUCCCCAGCCCCGGAGGUGGGGCUCAGCCCCCCAUCUAGCAGCAGCAGUGUCCUCUCCCUGGAUCUGGGGCACGAGAGGAGCAGGGAAGUGCCUGACCCCCGUGUUGCUGCAUCCCAGCCUGCCUGUUUGCUGCCCUCCCUGCCUGAUGGAGCCAGUGCUGGCAGAGGACCCUCCUCGAAGCGACGGGCUGAGCCUGGUGCAGGACCACUAGUGGGACGUGGACAGUGGCGUGUGGCACCCUAGGAAGGACGAUGGCUCAGGGCACCGGGAGCAUCAACAGCGACUACAAGGACUGGGAGUGGAGCGACGAUGCUGGGGAACGGGCCAGGCUCCUGCAGAGCCCCAGCGUGGAGACGGUGCCCAAGAGCGCGGAGAGCCAAGGGAACGGUCUGGGGGCCACGUCGGCUCUGGGGGCUGUCUUCAUUGUGGUCAACGCUGCCCUCGGCGCUGGGCUGCUCAACUUCCCUGCUGCCUUCAGCAUGGCCGGCGGCGUGGCUGCCGGUGUCACCCUGCAGAUGUGCAUGUUGAUCUUCAUCAUCGGAGGUCUGGUCAUUCUGGCAUACUGCUCUCAGGCCAGCAACGAGCGGACCUACCAGGAGGUUGUGUGGGCUGUCUGUGGGAAGGUGCCUGGUGUGCUGUGCGAGGUGGCCAUCGCCGUCUACACCUUCGGCACCUGCAUCGCCUUCCUCAUCAUCAUCGGAGACCAGGAGGACAAGAUCAUUGCUGCUCUGGUGAAGGAGCCCGAGGAAGCUGGGAGCAGCCGCUGGUACACAGACCGCAAGUUCACCAUCAGCAUCACUGCCUUCCUCCUCAUCCUGCCCCUCUCCAUCCCCAAGGAGAUCGGCUUCCAAAAAUAUGCCAGCUCCCUCAGCGUGAUCGGCACCUGGUACGUCACAGCCGUCAUUAUCAUCAAGUACAUCUGGCCUGACAAGGAGCUGGUGCCUGUGGAGAUCCCCACCAGCCCCUCCACCUGGACAGCUGUCUUCAAUGCCAUGCCCACCAUCUGCUUUGGGUUCCAGUGCCACAUGAGCAGUGUGCCCGUGUUUAACAGCAUGAAGCAGCCGGAGGUGAAGACCUGGGGGGCAGUGGUGACAGUAGCCAUGGUGAUCGCUCUCUUUGUCUACACAGGCACUGGUGUCUGUGGCUUCUUAACCUUUGGAGCUGGGGUGGACCAGGAUGUGUUGAUGUCCUACCCCUCCGAUGACAUCCCUGUUGCCCUGGCCCGGGCCUUCAUCAUCCUCUGCGUGCUGACAUCCUACCCCAUCCUGCACUUCUGUGGCCGGGCUGUCUUGGAGGGUCUCUGGCUCCGCUACACCGGGGUGACGGUGGAAGAGGACGUGGUUCGGGAGCGGAGGAGGCGCCUGCUUCAGACCAUCAGCUGGUUCCUCCUGACCCUCCUCCUGGCUCUCUUCAUCCCUGACAUUGGCAAAGUCAUCUCUGUCAUUGGGGGCUUGGCCGCCUGCUUCAUCUUUGUCUUCCCAGGGCUCUGUCUGAUUCAAGCCAAGCUCUCCGAGAUCCAAGAAACCAGGGCAAUCAGCUGGUGGGCCCAGGUCAGCUACGGGGUGUUCAUGGUCACCCUCGGAGCCUUCAUCUUCGGACAGACCACUGCCAACGCCAUCUUCCUGGAUCUCACUGCCUGACUUCUCCAGGCUGGACUGCACUGCUGCUGCUGAGGGGACGCAGAUUCCCCCUAGGACCAAAGGGAAGUGGGGAGAAAACACGUUGGCGUGUUGGAAGAUCCAAGAGGAG